AUUUGUCUGCUAAUACUGUAUACACAAUUAAUGCACAAUAUAAAUUGAAAUGACAAGGACCUUGAGGUUGCAUGUGGAUUGUUACAUAAUAUUGAGACCCCCUUAACAUUACGAGUUGAAAUGCAACCUUAAUUAAUUUAAAAUGGGUUUAUGUGGAGAUAUAUCCCUUAAAGGUGCCUACGUAGUUUUUGGAGAGACAUUUUUGAAAGAGGAGCAAAAUCUUCACCGAUUGUUUUCCAUUAAAAACAUGUCUGACUGUAGUGACCCUAUGAUCCACCUCCUAAGACCUUUGUUGGUGAUACACCAUCUCGGUACACCGUCAGUGUCACUGUGACUCUCACUCACUUACAACUUCCAUUCAUGACUCUGGGUCCAGACAACUCCCCCUGUGCAAUCAUACCCCUCCGAGAUUUUUUUUACCAGUCACCAAAUGUGUCAUAGAACAUUAAACAUCUGAUUUACUAACUUUUCAGUUACAGUAUAUCAUCUCUAUAUCUCUAGGCAUGAUGGUGUAAAAUGAUCAGAAAGUCAAAUUUUAAGAUUUUUAGUCUAAAGAAACAUCAGAGGGAGCCUUAAAACGUCUCAUAUGUGCAUAAACAGCCUCAUAUAUUUAAACUCCCCAAAUUAAAAGAUAUAUCACUGAUCAAAUUACCUCAGUCUCUUGAAUUGUAGUCCUGCCUACAACACAACACAACCAUUAUUUUUCACAUGCACACAUUUAAUACAGAACUCAUUUGAGUUACCAGAUAAAACGCUCAAUACAAAGGUGACACACAGGUUUGUCCUUUGUCCUCUGUCUCUGAGGCAAUAACAGGACACUGAGCACUAUGAAUGCCUGUGUGUCUACGUGUUUCUGUUGUCUGUGAACAAGUGGGACGGGGGGGAAGAGGUGAGUAUAUGUGUGUAAUGAAGACAGGGAGAGAGAAGUAUCUGAUUUCCCCUCGUCAUCGGUGCUGAGUCCGAGGUCCCCAGCUGUCCCAAACAGUCAUCUUGACACAUGAGCGCUCAGCCUGGCAUCCACACAAACAUACAUACAAACACACACGCACAAAAUCACUGCUAAGUACACAAACACAGACAUAUGCUGGCAUCUGAGCACUUUGGAAAACACCUAAAGAGACAAUAAAGGCAGUAAAGAAAGAGAGGGCCCAGACAGAGAGUCCUGAGGGCCUGAAGUGAGGAGGCAGGUGGGUGGGCCGGUUUGUUAGACUCAGUUCCACUGGACGUCCAGCUCUCCAGUCAACGCCAGCAGGUGAAGGACUCAUUCACACAGAGAUUUACUCACACGCUGGAUUUUGUCCUCCGGGCUGCCCGAGGUUUGAAAAGAGGUGAGGCAGUGCUGACAUUAUCCACCAAACACCAUGGACCAGGAGGAUGACAAAAACUCGGUGGAUAUCCAUGACAACCCUCCAGCUCCUGACAACGUGGUGAAAGAAGAUGGAGACACUGUCUAUUUCAUAUAUGAGGAGGAGGUUGAGGUGGAGGAGAAGGAACCAGAACCUCCACCACCUGUUAUAUUGGUCAACGACAAACCCCACAAGUUCAAGGACCACUACUGCAAGAAACCCAAGUUCUGUGACGUCUGCGCUCGCAUGAUAGUCUUGAACAACAAGUUUGCUCUGAGGUGUAAAAACUGCAAGACCAACAUUCACCAUUCGUGUCAGUCCUAUGUCGAGUUCCAGAGGUGCUUUGGUAAAAUUCCACCUGGCUUCAGACGAGCAUACAGCUCCCCCCUGUACAGCAGUGACCAACCAGAUCCAAACAACCCAAACCGUAACGACCCCGUCUUUGACACGCUGCGUGUCGGCGUCAUCAUGGCGAAUAAGGAGCGCAAAAAGAAUGAAAAUGACAAGAAAAAUAUGAUGAUGAUGAUGGAGGAGGAAGAAGAGGAGAACCAACAGCCCAAAGAGAAUGAGGAAGGAGGAGAAGGGAAGCCUGAUGAUAAGAAGGAGAAAGGAGGAGACAAAGCAGAUGACAAGAGUAAGGGUACAUUCUCCCAGUCCCACUAUUACCUGGCUCUCUACCGCUUCAAGGCCAUAGAGAAAGACGACCUCGACUUCCACCCUGGUGAUCGGAUCACAGUUCUGGAUGACUCCAAUGAGGAGUGGUGGAGGGGAAAGAUGGGGGAGAAGACAGGCUACUUCCCGACCAACUACCUCAUAAAAGUGCGAGCGUCGGAAAGGGUUUUCAAGAUAACACGCUCCUUUGUCGGGAACAGAGAGAUGGGGCAAAUCACACUGAAGAAAGAUCAGAUUGUGGUGAAGAAAGGAGAUGAGAAAGGCGGCUAUUUGAAGGUCAGCACUGGACGCAAGCUGGGCUAUUUCCCUGCUGAUCUGCUGGAGGAGAUCACUGUGACAUAAAAACAACAAUAUGCAGUGGAAAGAGCCUGCAGCCAACACACUUUACAUAUCAGCGCAAACUGGAGACAUCACUGUUUGCAAUUGUCUGUAUUUGUUUCAUAAACAAAUGUCACGGCAGCAAAAAAUGAAAACUGUAUCUGCUGUGGUGUAUUGUGACAAAGCAAGAGAAAGGAGAGAUUAAUAAUUUGAUUAAAAAUACAUUUCACUAGUAUGUACAUUGAUAUGUUGCUAAGAGACAGGGUUACUGGCUUUAAUGUGAUUAGCAUUGUCAUAAAAAUGGUUGAAUGCUUUAAGAAAACUAAACUACCUGCUGUUUAUAGCUAGCCAUGUCGAGUGGGAGACAAAAUCCGAAGUGCUUUGGUAAAGGUCAUUAAUCAUAACGAUUAAUUGCUAUGAAAAUAGACACAAGUUUGAAGACAUGCAUCAAUAUAUUUCUAAAUCAAUACGACUAAACAGUUUUUAAAACAGGCAGACGGGUAGAACUUCUGUUACAGCUAACAGCAACUUCCUAAAGUUUGGCCGCAAGAAAAAAAAAACGGCAUCAGGCAAAUGGGAAAGAGAUAGUAAAUCAAAAUGCAAACAUAACAAGCCCAUUGUACAAUUCCCAUUUAUUGACUGCUUAUUAACAACUUACACUGCUUAUGAUCUGUCAGUGUAUUAAUAUGGUAUUCAAAAUAUGGUAUUAAUAUAAGUUUUCAAAUCACAGUAUCAUCAUGGGUAUUUCCAGAUAAAAUAUCUAAUGGAAUUCUUGUUCCUGUUAGCAAGGCUCUCUAGGUCCUUUAUACAGUAGUUACGUACAUAGAGGCCUCAAAGUAAUUUAAUCUUGUACAUAGGAAUACAAACAGAUCAAAGAUCAGGAUCCUAGAUUGAGCGUGCACAUAAUACAAUCAAUACUGCUCAAAAUGGUUUCAAAUGUUUGCACUUAUUGCUGCUGAUAGCUCCUGAAGUAUAUGUGUUUCAAAUAUUAAACCUGAAGUGCACUUAAAAA